CCGACAGUUGGAACCCAGUUCACAAGAGCGUUCCCUUUCCACUUUGAUCCAAUCAUGCGAAACAGUGGGUGCAUAUCGUCUGGGCACACCUCGCACUCGCUAAGCUAGAUCACACCUUCCCUGAUAUGCCUUUGGCUAUGCACAUGCAGCCAUUGACACGGCCUGAGCAUAGGUCGUUUUCAUAAAACCAUAAUGCGCAGGAGCAUGCGUUGAGUCCCUCUUAUGAUGCCUCUCUCCACAGUGGCCGAAAAACCUGACACUCUUACAAGGACAUUUAUCUCUUGAUUGUUCACCAGAUCAUUGUUGUCGUGAUCAAUCUCAGUCGUUGACUGCCUUUCAAGCAACAUGUUACACAGCCAGUAGCUGUCAGCAAGUCCCUUGGGCAGUAACCUCCUAUGGCAGACGCGUUGGACCCCGUCGCCGACACCUACGUCGGAAUCUGGACAGACUGGUCAAAGGGUCCGAUAUGGGGACUGACUUGGACCCUCCCUCCAACUCGAGCGACUGUCUUGACAAACUCCUUGACUCUCUUCAUCGCAUUUUCGGGUAUCCAACUCUGGGCCAUUGUACGCUAUGCUCUUCAUCAAUUCUGUUCUAAGCCCACACCACAAGUGCGGACCCCGCACCUCAAUAAAGAGCAAAUCAUUCUCCGGAAUGCCGGAUCUGAUCUUGCUACUGGUUGGCUCAUGUUGAACCUUGGGUGGUCGUCACGUCGAAGCACUGGAAAACGCUCCCUCCGAUCAUAUGCCAUCGGAAUCACAGCCAUCACCUAUGCAGUCUUGAUCAUGACCGCUGGUAUUUUCUCGAGUCAAGCCAUAAGUGCUGGCACCAUAAAUGGCAAUCCCCCGACCCUUUCUCGGAGCAGGUACUGUGGCGUAUGGAAUGAAACUUACCGUGAGAUCGUCGAGAGUGGGGCGUUUUCUUCCAUGGAAGAGCUAGAUCUCUACGUCCAGCAUAUUGGCAAAGUCGCCCACAAUGUCCAACUCAGCCUCGAAUACUCUCAGGCAUGUUAUCUACCUGAAUCACACACCGCUGAUACAUACCUAUCUUCUACUUGCAACACUCUCAAGGUACCUCGCCUCGAGUGGGCUAGUCGAGACGGCAAUUGUCCAUUCAGUCAGCAAAUGUGUCUAGAUGAGCCUGAUGUCCUUGUCCUCGACACGGGUGAUAUCGACUCCCACGAACACCUGGGAAUCAACUCAAACCCCAAAGAUCGCCUCAAGUACAGGCGUGUCACGACAUGUGCAGUUCUCAAUACCACUGGCCGCAUUACCGGAUGGGAUGGCUCAAGUAACGACGACGCUAAUAAUACGAGCCCAUCAAAAGAAACAGCUUUUGCUCGGUUCGGCCCUUCACUCUACAAGCAGACGGAGUGGACUUACUCAUAUACCAAUUUUGCUUCCUUCUACGAUAACUUUACCGCCCAAGUCAUGAGUCCUUAUCAACUUGACGUGGAGCAUGCCUGGGCUCCAGCCGAUCCCGCGUGGAGCUUGAGCGAUUUCGAACCUGACCCAGAUAUCGCACAAGACGAUGCAGACCUCACCUUGUUCUUUCUAAGCUUUCCUGGCAUGUACCUUGGCCAAGUUAACGAUCCAUGGUUCUCGGCACACAGACAGCAGCAAUUUGAGAACCCUCUCCCAUUCUUACAAAACAGGUACGCACGCGAUGAUCCCAUCAGCACUAUGGGAUGCACAGAACAACAUAGCUUCUGCACUCAUGGCGGGAUAUGCACUGGCUUGUCCGGAUUCGAUCAAAUGCAGAAUGUUGACGAAUUCAACCUCGCACUCACACCUCGUCAAAAUGCAACUUUCGACCGAAUGCUUCGUGCCGUUGCUACAUCAUCUAUUUUCACCACUGUCGAAAACCUUGUGACCAAUAACGUGCCUCUGAUCGCAAGCAAUAUGACAAUGAGCGGGAAAAGUGGUGCUGUCAUCUCUCCCGCUCUGCCGGACGAGCAAUGGAAGAUCGAGUUGAGCUAUUGGCACUCUAUUGCCAUGGCUCAGCUGCAACGAACGAUCGCUCAAUGGGCAACCGGCCAAGUCGCACCCAGGUUCCAGGAUGAGUCUGAGAGUCGAUUCAUUCUGGCACCUUCGGAAGCACAGGAUCGUUGGUUCUGUGACAACUUCAUCCUUCCGUCACAAAAUUUCGAGUCCUUUAGUCUCAUGUCAAUUCUGCUGAUCAUUUUAAGCGGCGUGCUGGUCAUUGUUUGCGGCCUCAACAUAGAGGCUUUGGGACGCCUAUGCCGGAAGUGUAUAAGAAGAUCCGUGGUCCGGCGCGACUGGGAAUGGGAUGAUAUGCUUCUGCUUGCAGAAGACGAAAAAGAAACAACCAACCAACCACCGGAGAAAGACAUCUCGUGCGAAUCUAGCAUAUUUGACCUCAAUGACACAGGAAAUCUGACAGAUGAGAAGAAGUCACGCCAUUUAAGUAUUCGGAGGAAAUCUUCGCAGGCACUUCCCCGACCUAUAAGGUUUCUUCACGAAAUUCCACCUCGAACUCAACGGGUGGAAAGGGCCAGCAAGCGUCAUUCAAGAAUAUCUCUGAGCGUGAGUGAACUAGGCACUCAUACUGUGAAUCAGGAGGUCAGGGCGCCACGAGAGAAUAUUCCUGGCCGGAAAAAACCAGCCCCUUUGAAUUUGCCUCCAGGAUAUACUCGACAUCCACCUUAUGUUGAAUACCCAGGAAAGGAGGCAUCAGAUGGUGAUUCAGACUCAUGGAUCUGAUUGGCACUGAGUGGAGAUCUUGUAUUACACGAAAAGAAGACCAUAUGAUUGUGAUCCUCUGGUUAAGUGGUUGAACGCUCAUCUUAUGUCCACACUUCACCUCUCACUGGCCUGGCAUGCCAAUAUUAUCAUAGACACCAGAAUCAUUUUCCUGAGCAACGUUAAGAUUGGUAUUCCCUUGAGCAUAAAAGGCACAGACGUAUGUAUUUGUGGGGUCUCCACACUUAUCAGGGGCAAGAUACGGUCGCGGGUACGAAAUACGAAAUACGUUUAGACCAUCAUCACACCC